CGCAUGCGGGCUUUCGUGACAGUCGGCUCGACUCGCUUCGACGCGCUGGUCCAACGAGCUCUCUCGGACGCUGUGCUUGACGUCCUUCGCACAGCGGGCUACUCGACCGUCAUCGUACAAUGCGGCAACUCCGACUUUGACACCGGGUCCUACACCCAGAACGGCGAAUCCUGGACGCGGGCACUGGAGGGUGGUGGAGCGAUCGAGGUCUGGAGAUUCAAGGCAUCGCUAGACGAGGAGUACAAGCAGGCGGAUCUGGUCAUAAGCCAUGCCGGCUCCGGCACAAUUCUAGAUGUCCUGCGACUCCAAAAACCAUUGAUUGUGGUACCCAACUCGACGCUCCUCGACGAUCACCAGCAGGAGCUUGCAACUGCUUUAGCUGGCCUAGGACAUGUCUGGGCUGCGACCGUCCCGAGCCUGCCGCAGACUAUCACUACACUCGACCCGUCGACGCUUGUUCCGUUUCCGAAGUUUGAUGGGAGCCGCUUCCGUGAGCUUUUGGACGAAGAGAUGGGUUUUGCCUUGGAAACUUGAACGCUUGUAUCACCACUACUAUUUACUCCGUACUAUUGUGUUCCCCAUGCUGCACAUUGCCUUCUAGUAUGGCACCGCAGGUUACCGCGACUGUCGUGGAUGAAGACCCCCAAGACUAUGAGAGCAAGCACGUCCAUGCGGUCUAUGAAGAGAUUGCACCGCACUUCUCGUCAACCCGCUAUAAAGUACGCUUUGACCUGUACUCGCAGACAUAAACUCAUACACGAACAGCCUUGGCCUAUCAUUUCAAGAUUUAUCUCAUCGCUACCCAUGGGGUGGAUAGGACUAGACUCUGGAACUGGAAACGGCAAAUAUCUUCCUCUACCACUGGAGAGGCCGUCCGGCAUAUGGACCAUCGGGCUGGACAGGAGCAGAAACCUUCUCAAGAUUGCACAGACUGCGGGCGGGACUCAGCAAGAAGUCGUGUGGGGUGACGCAUUGGGGAGACUGUGGAGGGAUGAUGCUUUCGACUACGCGAUCUCAAUUGCGACAAUACACCACCUCUCGACUCAUGAAAGACGCAAAGUCGCUGUUCAGAGACUUUUAUGCGAAGUCUCUCCGUCUCAUGGCCGUGUUCUUAUUUACGUCUGGGCUAUCGAGCAAGACGAGCUCUC